AAAGCUUAUAUUUACUUUUGCCUGAAAAUACAAACAGAAACAUUUUAGACUGAAUGAAAAUGCAAACCAUUUAUAUGUAAGUUAAUGUUUAACCAGUUAUUAGUAAGCUAAUUUUUAAGUUUUUAUAAUUUUACAAAAAGCAAAUGAAAUUUUACUUUACUUUAUUUCUAAUUUAUUUGCUUCAUCGUAAGCAAGCUUAUGCCAAUCAUUACCGUGGAGUAGUAUCAACCAGUGAGUGGCUUGAUAAUGAUUUUUUUUAUUUUAAAGCGCAGUUUUACUAUCGUCUAAAAGAUAAUGGCGCUGGUGGUUUUAUAGCGUGUAAUGAUAAAAUGAUAGAAAAUAAAGAGCGUACAAGUGACACUAGUGACGUGUCAUUAACCAUAUCCAAGUGCAAUCAAUUUGCAAUAUGUGGUGUGCCGUUGUUUUAUCUUGAAAAUAGCUUCAUUUGUAAUAGUUAUAGUAAUGAAGAAGACUGGGCAAUUGUUGACAAAUUCGAAAAAAGUGACAUCAAAAGUUAUAAUAUUUUAGAGGGUGAUUCCUUAGUCGCUAAAUUAUAUACUAAAAUUGGGGAGUGGUCGGAUAUUUCUAUUAGUUAUGCGUGGAGUCAUUUUAGCCGUAAAGUGAAAAAUAAAAAUGGUAGAUGGAACCAUCCACCUAAUACAAAGACGUUUCCAAAGUAUAAUCUAAUAAAAGGCUGUGAGACAAAACUCAAAAUUCCAAUUGAUGACGUUGAUGGUGAUACUAUUAGGUGUAGACCGUCGUUGAGAAGUGCUGGAGAAUGUGUACUCUGUGAUUUUAGUCCUGCUUUUUUAGAACAAGAAACUUGCACGAUAAUUUUUCCUGAAAAUGUGACAAAGAACUUGAUAAUUGAAAUACAAAUUGAGGAUUUUUUGAACCAAAGUGACAUAAAACCAAUGAGUAGUGUUCCACUGCAGUUUAUGACAACACUUACAACAAGAGAUAAUCAAAAUUGCGAUGGUUACCCUAUAUUCAUGCCAAUGGUGCCACCUCAUGACUCUUGCAUCGCAAUAUCAGAAAAAACUCACUACACCAAUCGUUUUGAAUUCAAUUCAACAUCAAACAUUACUGAUGUGUUUUUAAAUACGUUUGAGGAUUUUAAAAAAGGUAGCUUAACCUACGACCCUUAUUCUAGACUAUGGUUUUACAACUAUACUAUAAAUACCCUUAGUUCUAAUGUCAAACAAGAAUCGCUUACCGUCUACGCAAAAAAUGUUAAAGGCUAUUCAUCAGAACUUCGUAAACUGCAAUACGUGCUAAACUAUGAACCACCAAGUAUUAUAAGUGUUUCUCCACAAGGCGACUUAUGUCAGAUAACCACCGGCACUUACAACUGGAAGUUUAUAACAAAUCGAAAUGUGUCAUCCCCUAAGAAAUCAAGCUAUAUUAAUUUUAUGCGCCAUGUAAAUAACAAUUCAUUAACGCUUGCCUAUAGGUUUAACAUGUUAACUCUUAAUAAAGAAAACUUUGACAGUUUUAUCGUCGCUGUUCCUGUUUCAGCUUUGAAUUUAAAUGAAAAUUUUAGCAUUUUAAUUGAAUUUGGUGCCAUAAUAACUUUAGAUUAUUGCAAGCCACAAUCAGUUGCUGUUGAAGAUUUAAAAAAAUAUCAGUUCAGAAUUAUUGGUGACUUAUCUAAUGAAAUUGAGUUUGUUAAACUGCCCCCUCAAUACACAAAUGGUUUAGUACUCAAAUUAGAAUGGAAGUUUCUAAGUAAUGGCAAAAAGGUUGAAUGCCUAAUCGAGUAUGAAAAAACGGGAUUUUUUUCAGUAGCUUGCAACGAAACCAGUCUUAAGUUACUUAAUCAGCCUUCUGGUCAGUACAACUUCCAGAUUAGAUACUCAACUAAAUGUUCUCCGUCACUAACAAGUAUGCAAACAAACUGGAUUGUGGUUAAUGAUAAGCCGUUACUUGAAGUUACAACAUUGAGCCUUAUAAACGGUCAUGCUUCAAAUAGUUUUACAGUAUUCAUUAAUUGUACUCACAUUCUGCCUUGCAAUAUACUAUGCAGAUUUUCAACAAAAGCGGAAAUUGAUUUUAAAAAAUUUGAGAACUGUUUUUCAGUAUUCAAGCCAAAAAAUCAACUAAUCCAUUUGGAAUACUACGUAUUUGAAGUGUUUGCAAAGGAUGAGGUUGAAAAUAAAGCAAACACUAUUAAAAUAGAGUUUGUUGCUGAUACUAAACCACCAUAUUUUAUAAAUGCAACUGUAGAAUUGGAGCUUUAUUGUGAAAGUUUACACUCGAAUGCUAAACUAUUUGUUGCAGAUGAUACAGAUUAUAAUCCAUCAUUACAUUAUACUGAUGUUUAUAAUACCGCGUGUUUGCUAAAUAGGAUUUGGACAACCAAAGAUUACUUAAACAACACUGCAACAUUAACUCAAAAAAUAAAGAUAGUCUCACACGCUACAUUGAGUUAUACAGACACAAUAUCUAUUCCUUGUAUAACAAACCAGCAAGUUUUACAAGAUUUGAAAUUUUAUAAAGGUUUUAUAACCUUAGAGAACAAUUUUUGUAAUCAAACGCUAGAUAUAACACCAGCCAUUUCAAGCUUUCCAUCGGAUGACUGUGAUUUUAUAUUUAAUGUACGUUGGAUAGUUAGAGAUACUUGCCUAAUAAGCUAUCCAAAUGUUAUUCAAAAGGUUUUUGUUGGUGUUAGAGAAACACCCUAUUCUCCCCUUCACAUGCAAAAAGAUAUAAGGCCUUAUGGUAUUUUCUUUAAAUGGCCUUUGGACCGUAGCUCAGGGCUAAACGAAGUUUACUUAAGAAGUUAUAAGCAAGAAAAAUCUACCUUAAUUGCGUCUAUAAUUUCUAACUAUUUGAUUUAUCAGCCUAGAUUAGAUGAAGACACAGAUUACUACUGGAAUGUAAUUUAUUAUAAUUCUAAAAAUGCUUCUCUAAAACGUUUAAGUCCGUUUUGGGAAUUUAAAACUAAAUUUUUAGGAAAUUUAGCAUUAGAUACAGUUAGAACACCAAACGAGGUUAUUGUUGGUAAUAAAAUUCAAGUAACCUGGACUGUGAAAAAUGUUGGAAAUGCUACAACAUCUUCAUCAUUAUGGUACGAUGGUGUUUACGGGUCAUCAUUAGAUGAGUUUAAUACAGCAAAACUUAUCGGUUAUGUUUUACAAAACCGUUUUGUUGAACCUAAUGGUCAAUACACAGCCCACCAUAGCUUCGAGAUAGAUGAAAGAUAUAGUUCAAAAUACUUUUACGUGUUUGUUACAAUUGAUUACACGAACCUUCUUGAGGAUUCAGAGAAUUCAAAUAACUUUUUAAGACUUCCAAACUCAGUCAAAAUUCUUCAAGUACCACUUCCAAACCUGACACCAAAACAAAUAAUUUUGAAUCCAGAUGUGGCUAAAGCUGGCGAAGAUAUUGAAAUUAAAAUUAAAGUUGAAAACAACGGUGAUGGUGAUACAAAGUUGAACAGUGGUUGGACGGACUCAAUUAAUAUUAAUCUGAUAAACGCUGAAAAUGUUUACUCAGCUACUAUAAAAAUGGCUGGCGUAGUUAAAAAGAAAUACACUUACACAAUUAUAAAGAGCAUCAAAUUACCAAUGAUAUACUAUGGUAAUGCUGUGAUAACAUGUCAAUUAAAUAUACAAGACACACUUUAUGAGGUGUCUUUAAGCGAUAAUUUAAUUAGUCGAAAUUUAACAAUAAUUCCACCAGAUACCCCACACUUAAUCUUUGAAUCAUAUACAAAAAAUUUGACAGCUAAAACAGAUGAGAGAGUUGUAGUGGAAUAUUCAGUCAGAAAUGAUGGUAUUGCUAGUACAGUUGAGUAUAAAUGGACAGAUUUUUUAAGAAUUGUAUCUGCAAGUACAAACGAAGUACUUUUGUCCAAACAGUUAGAUAUUUAUGAAAUGCUAAAACCUGGUGACAAUUAUACACGUCAAGUGGAAUUUUACAUUGAUGCAAAGUUCAAUAGUGGAAAUUAUCAAAUUUUGAUUUCAGUUGAUUAUUUAAAAAAUGUCUUUAGCAUAUUUACUAGCGUCAACACAAUUGAGUUGCCAUUAACAGUAAAAUUAAUCAAGUCAAAAUGGUCAUUAAACAAUUUUGAUACCAACAUUUUUGUGCUUAGCAGAGACCGAGAGGCUGUUAAUGUCUUGGAAGUUAAGUAUACAACAAAAAUCGAAUAUCCAUUUAAAACUGCAAGUGAACUUGUAUGGACCGAUGAAUACUAUUUAACCGAUCAGGGAAAUUUUUAUGAAAACUUUGCUUUUAAAGUAGGAGAGUCGAACCAAAGGUUGUCUACUACCACUGCAAAAAUUUAUCAAAUCAGUGUCAAAAAAACGUUUUAUUUAGAAAAUCUGGUGUAUGGGAAAUACUAUUUAUAUAUUUUUAUAGACAAAAAUCAACUAGUUGAUAAAGUUAUUGAGUUUAACUACCCGAUUGAAAAAUUUAUUCAAAUUUAUAAAAUUUUACCUUUGCUGAAAAUCUCUAACUUUAGAUUACUAAAAGAUCUGCAAUCAUUUUCUUACGGAUAUAGUAUAACUGUUGCGUGGAAAUUUGAAAAUAUUGGAAAAGUUAGAGUGGAGAAUCCUCAAUUUAAAUUUUAUGUGGUUUUAAGUGACUCGUCAUUUCAUUUAGGCGCCUAUCAAUCACAGAAUACACUUUAUCCAAAAGAUUUCAAAGAGGAGUCAACUCAACUAACUUUAAGUCUUCAGCUGUACGGAACGUUUAGAAUUAUCAUAAGCUCUGGAUACAACACUAUGGAGGAAUCAAUUAGCGUGACUAUUCAACAACCUCCUUCAGCUGACUUAUCAGUUAUAGAUCUUAUUUAUGGAGUUAGCUUAGGCAUAAAAGAAAAUAAUGAAUGUAACACAAACAGAGUUACAGUUAAUGUAACCUACACUGUUGAAAAUAUUGCUUAUAGCAUGGACAAGCUGAAAACAUGGACUGACAAAAUUUCUGUUGUUUGUGAUAAUGAUUUGACUGUUGUAAGCAAGAGUCUUAGGAUAACAAAGCAACUGUGGUCAUCAGAUACCUAUACAAAUUCUUAUCAAUUUUUAUUUUCACUUCAAUAUGACUAUUAUAAAAAGUGCAAGGUUACUGUAUAUGCAAACGCCGAUAAAGGAGCUUUUGAGCUAUUUAGUUUGGUCAAUAAUUUAAAAGAACAGUGUUGUUUUUCCGUGCCUAGAAAACCAGACGCAAUAUUUACUCUAAAACUAUUUAAUUAUUCAAACGAGCAAAAAUUUUGGAAAGCUGGCGAUGCAAUUGACAUAGUAUAUACGAUCAAAAAUGAAGGCAACAGCUCAAAAUAUUCUUCAAACACCUGGAAAGACAGCGUAUAUCUUCAUAGACAACAAGCUGAUAGCCAAAAUAAUAUUUUAAACAAUGGCAUUUUUGUCGGUGAAAAGGCCUUUUAUGACUUUGAGCUUGCCUGUAAUGAAUCAAGUUUAAGUAACUACACAAUUAAAGUACAACUACCAAUAUCAACUUCAGGUAAAUACUUUAUGUACCUUGUUCACGAUUCGCAGGGAAUUAACGCUGACCCAUUUAGACUCUUUAGUUCUAAUUUUGAUGUCAAUAUCAUACCAAUUGAACCAUGUGAUGUUGCAUCCACAAAUGGAACCAUUGCGUCCGCUGGAAACGUCUUUACUGGUGGCAAUAAAAUCAAUUUUUUUUUUGAAAUUUACAACCUUGGUAAAGGUAGGGCGCGAGGUGGCUGGUAUGAUGCAGUUUAUUUGUCAAAAUUUCCCAUUGUCACAUCAAAAGAUAUACGUCUUAUCACAAUACCCCGUCAGCGUGAACUCUAUACAAACGAGUUUUACAAAGUUGUAUUUGAAUUAAAAUUACCUCUUAAACUCAGUUCUGGUCAGUAUUUUUUGGUGUUUGUAGCAGACACUGCAAAUGUUUUGCCUGACUUGAAUCGAGAUAAUAAUCAAGCUUCUAUAAUGAUCCAAAUUGAGGCAAUCACAGGCGCUGAUAUAUUUGUCUCUAAUGUAACUGUAAACAGCAAUGUCAAUAAAAGUUUACAGUUUUCAUGGCAACUAAAUGCUGAUCAAGAAUUAAAAGCAGAAAAGUGUGAUUCAAUGUAUUUGUCUUUUGAUAAAUUUUUUAGUUACAUCAGCGACUUUGAGCUUGACACUGGUUACUGUGAAGCAUUUGAAAUCAAAGUUGUAAAAGACAAUCGGUUAAGUAACAUCAACUAUAUAAAAGAUAUACCAAAGGUACCCUUGUUACCUGAUGGUUCCUAUUAUGGUAUCGUUCGCACAAUUACAAAUGUUCAAGAAACAAAUUUAGAAAACAAUGCUGGUGUUAGCAACCAGAGUAUAACCAUUGAAGUGCAGGAUUUGCAUAUAAACUUAAUGCAAGAAAUUCUAAUUAUGCCAAAUCAAAACAAUCUAUUUAAAUUUAAACCUGAUUUAAAUAUGAACGCCCUCAAAGUUGAGUUAAAGACAAACUUUCAACAAUCCUACAACGAUAUAUUUAUUCAAUUGAAUAGAAUACCCACUGAGAAUUCAUUUGUCUCAAAAUCAAGAUUUGCUUAUUCUUUCAAUCAGACUUCUAUCAUCAGAAAUGCAAAGUCGGAUAAGUAUUACAUGAUUGUCAAGUCGUAUUUAGCAUCAACUGAUCAGCCUUACAAAGCAAGCUUACUCAUCAAAGAUGUCCAAGAAAUUGACAUUGACCUAUUUGAGCCAACAAAAUUAAGUGUUAAUGGUAAAAAUACUAUUAAAAUCACUGGUAAUUUUGCUCCUCAAAAGUUAGAGAUUUGCUUGACAAAAAAAGAUGACAUAAAUUUUUUAACUUGUGCCGUAAAAGUUUACAAAGUAAGCAUCGAAAUAGUGUUUGCAACGUUUGACUUAUCAAACUCAAAUCUUCAACCAGAAAAUACAUACAAACUUACAGUUAAUAACAAGUCAGCUAAUCAAGUAAUUGAAGCUAUUAAAGGAGUAGUUGGUAACAUGCAGCUAAAUCUAGAGAUUUCACGUCAAAUUUACAGACCAAACGAAACCGCCUAUGUUGAUCUGAUUGUAAAUAAUAAUGGUGACACAGACAUAUACGUGCCAGUCAUAUUUGUUAGCACUAUUGAUCUUGAGAAUACAUAUUCAACGCCUGGUGCUAAGAAGCAACAAAGUAACAAAAAACAUCAAAGAUAUAAAAUAGCAACAAAAAUUAAACCUGACUACGCCAUAGUGUCCAUUAACAACAAGCCAUACCCACCCUACUUUUACGACUAUCUAAUUGCACUGAAUACAAACAACCUUGGUGGUGUGAUACAACCACGAUCAUCAGCAAUGCUGCGUUUGAAAGUAAGACCAACUUCUUCAGAAUUUGUUGGUAUAUCAAUGAUAACUGCAGUUCCUUAUGAAGACAGCUUUUUUCCUGAAUAUAUCCGUGCUAAUAUUGCUUCAUACAAGCCAAGAUUUUACACCGACAAAGUUUGGAAGCAUUUGUCAAAACUAUUAAUUAGCAAAGUAAGUCAAAAUAGUAAAGAAAUAUUAUACGAAACUGUUAACGAACUAGCAUCUAAUGGAGUGGAGUUCUACCGAUUAAGUGACCUGGUAGUCUAUCACAUAAGCCGGCUUGAUGGAGCGUUUUUCAGUAACAAUCUAAUUGAUUCAGUGGACUUUGACAUUAUUGAAAAUGAGGUGGCUUACGUUCGCUCUUAUUCAGCUAAGUUUUCAGUUAGAAACACAAGAAACAUACCACUUGGUAUGGGGUGGACGGAUAAUCUUCAUAUUAAACUCGAAAAAAAUAGCGAUUAUGACUCACUUCUUCUUACAUCAGGUGGCAAACAAUAUAGUAUUGACUUUCGAACAUCAAACACAUCAUAUUUCUCCGACGUUUGGCAAAUUGAUAUAAGUGGUAACACAGCUAUUAUAACACUCAAAGAAAAAAAUUUAGUCUACAAGUACGAUUUCAUUGAAAACUGCAUACGCUCAAUAGCCACUGUUACUGGCAAUAAGUUUAUGACAGUUAACUGUCAUAACAGCAAGAUAUAUGAAAUUUUUAAUACAGAAUUGUCAAUUAAGUUUACUUACACAACCAAUAAUCUUCUCCAAACUAUUACGAAGGCAUCGUCAAUUUCUCCAAAAGAAACAUUUGCAUUUAUUUACGAUUCCUCUGAUUGUUUGAUUGAAUUUACGACUCCUUCAGUUACAAUAAAGUAUGAAUACGACAGCCAAAACAAUCUUGUGAAAGCUACAACGAGUGCUAAUUUAAUUUUCAAGUAUGAAUUCAACAAAGAUAAUUUAGUAAGUCGUAUAACAAACUACAUGAAUAACCAAACAAUACUGGACUAUAACUACAUGUAUUACGACUACGGACCAAUUGAAAUGCUUGAUCAGAUUGACGGCUGGAAAGUAAAAUUUUUUUACGAUUUAAAUGGUCGCUUGUUAUAUUACGAAAAAAACAACCAUCGUCGAGUUAACUUUAUUUCAUCGAUGGACUUAAGGAAAUCAACAAUUCUUGUAAACGGUGAAAUUGUCAAAAAGAUUGAAAUCGAUGACAAGCUUAAUAGUGUCAAUCAGAUUUUCGGUGAUGAAAGUUCAAGCUCGAAUAGAAUCGUGUUCAAAAAUGAAACUUAUGAGGUUAUUGAGUACGGCGACAGGUUGAAUAACAAGGUCAAGUUGAUAAGGCAGUUGGUCAAUAAUAAUUUUCAAAUCGAAGAGCUUUUAUUGCCAAACAAUCUUAAAGAAAGAAAAAUCUUUGAUUUGAAAAAGAAUGUGCUGCAAAUCUUUACGCGAAAUAAUGAUGAAUUAAUUCUCAAAUACGACGAGAAUUUGAACAGAGUGUUUUAUAGUCAUGCAACUGGCGACGUUUUGAACUCGUGUUCGUUUGAGUACACACAACAGGGUUAUUUAAGCGCAGCACGUGCCCAAGAUGACUAUUACUCUGUCUACAAUAGUUAUGACGCGUUUGGCAGGCUAACAAAAACCCAAUUAAAAUCUGAUUUUAUAAUUGAAUACAGUUACAACAGCCAAUCAAAUCUUGUUGAAAUGAAAACAAAUCAGAAUAUGAAUUUUAAGUACAUUCGAGAUCAAAAUGAAAGAGUAACUCAAUUACAAGUGAAUGGUGAUACACUAGUACUAAUGAACUACACUCGAAACGGCUUUAGGCUAUCACUAACUAAAGUUUCGAGAUAUUUUGAUUAUUUAUAUUCUGGUAAAAACGGCCAGCUUAUAAGAUAUGUGGUUGGUGACAUGGAAGAUGAAAAGAAUUCAGUUAGAUAUGAGUAUGAAUACAAUAACAAGAAUUUAAUGAAAACUUUAAAACUGUUUACAGGUGAUAAUAAAGACAAUUAUGUCAGUAAGUACGCCUAUGACUCUUUAGAUCGCUUAGUUAGUGUUAAAAAUGAAAGACUAAAUGCAACAGUUAAUGUUUUGUACGAUUCAAAUGGAAAUCGAAUAAGAUACCAUGAAAGUAUUGGAUUUGGUAAUCAACAGACUAAAGAUAACGAGUAUGUUAUUAACCAAAUGAACCAAUACUUAAGCGACGGUAUAAACUUUUACACUUACGACCUUAACGGUAACGUGAUACAAGAGAGCGACAAAAGCCAAACUACAAUUAAAACCUACAAUUACUUCAAGGAUGGUAAACUAUCACAGUUUAUUAACAAAGACGACAAUUGCAGCUUGAAAUACGAUUGUUUGGAGCGGCUCAGCCAACUUAACUGUACCAAGACUGGCUUGUUUAUAUUUAGCUAUCAAUACUAUAAUCAAAAUCCAUUAUCUUUAAGACUAUCAAACAAAACAGUUAUUUAUUUUCUCUACUUACCCGGCAUAAAUAGUGCAAUUGGUUUCAUAAUGAACAACAAGGUUCAUUAUUUUGAGUAUAACGGUCAUUUUAUUGUUCAAAAAUUGCUUGUUAACGGAACAGUAAUAAUGCCCCCAGAAGCCAUACCAAACCUAAAUCCGUUCAUAUUGCCUACCAUGACUAUAAUUACUGGUUUACCAAUCAAUCUAAAUACGCUUCAGCCAUCAAUAGAUUUGAAUACAAUUUUAAGCUCAAAUAACAAGCCUCUGUUAACAACCCACAAUGCAGUUUUUGGACAGUCGGUAUUUAACAUUGAUUCCAUUCUUAAUCAAAAUUUAUUAUUUACAGAAGCUACAACUAAACUAUUAAGUAAUUCGAAUCCAUUUUUUAAUAAUCUAGAAAGUUUGAACAGCAUUAAGCCACCUUCAUUAAAUCCAAGUUUUUUUCAAAACUUUCUUCCAUCAAAGCCUACAAAUCCAUUAAAGCUUUUCAACUACCCAACCUCUCAGAUAAUUUUUCAGCCUUUCAAAUCAAGCUUCUGUGAUAAAUAUAAUUCUUUUAUGGGCUAUGGAAAAAGAUCAUUAAACAAAAAAAAAAAGCAAUUUAUAAGUACAAUUUACGGUUUUCUGGCCGACGAAGCAUGUGAGGCAGCUGGAAUAUUUAUAAAAGAGUUUUUUUUUAAAAAAAAUACUUUCAAAGAUUCAAUAGUAGAAGUAAUCAAAAACAACAAGUUUAAUAUUUUUGUUGACAUUUCUUGUAAUGGUAUUACGUGGCCUUCAUUAGACAAGUUAUUAAUUGCAAGUGCAGAUAAGUUAUCUGGCAAAUAUAUUGAGUCGAAGAUUGAUAAAAUUCCGAUUAUACCAGAAUGCGUUAAAAUAUUGAUUAAUAGUGUCUUACCAACUCUAUCAGAAUUUAUAAAAUGGCUUUUUUCAUUAGACCCCAAUGAGAUUAUUGGUCCACCAGGCUACGGCGCGUUUAAUUACGUCUCAAAUGAUCAAACGUUUACGUUUGUUGUUAACUUUGAGAAUAUGGCUAAUGCAAGUGCGCCAGCACAACUAGUCGAAGUGACUUCCUUACUGGAUGAACACUUCAAUUAUGCAAGUUUAUCAUUUACAAGAUACGGAUUUAAUAGUUUUGAAAAGACCUUGGAUUAUUUAAAACGACCUUAUUUGACAGAGAUUUUGGAACUUGAGCGGUUCAACUUGAGGGUUUUUGCAACAAUUGAUUCGUUUAGUCGUAAAAUCAUUUGGCAGUUUAAGACAAUUGAUAAAGCCACUGGGGAUAUACCAGACGAUGCAAGUUUUGGUUUUUUACCUCCAAGUAAUGGAACACACGGUAAAGGAUUUAUUGAGUUUACCGUACUACUUAGACCUAAUCUUCACCAUUUGACUACUGUUAAAGCAAGCGCAAGCAUUGUGUUUGACAAAAAUGAUGCAAUUGAAACAAAUAUUCUUGUGUAUACUAUUGAUGCAAUGUUACCUGAGAUUUCCCUGUCAUAUAAACCUCAUUGCAACUGUAUUUUGCUUAAUGCAACAGAUAAAGGUUCAGGUAUAAACAGAAUAGUGAUUUAUAAUGGUACAGAAAAAAUAAUUUUUUCAACUGAGGAGACAACAUCAAGUUUUGAGCUCUCACCUAACGAUCAAUCUUACACUAUUUAUUAUGCUGUACAAGACAAUGUUAUGAACAAUAUUCCAUUGACAUUUUUUGAAUCAAUUAAUAUUACGUUACAUGAAGGUUCAAAUGAAAGGUGUUCCACUAAUUGCUCUAAUAAUGGUGUUUGUGUUAAAUCGUUUUGUCAGUGUUCUGAAGGAUUCAAAGGUGAUAAUUGCGAUGUAAAAAUUACUAUUAAUGAUUUACUUAAUGAGCCACCAAGUGUUGAUAUUGGGUAUUUACCAAUGAAUAUAAGAGGUUUAUUACAACUAAUGAUUAAAGCAAAUGAGCCAAACCCGACAUCAAUGCAGAUUAAAAACAUACCCGAAAACGUAUUGAUAAAAUACAAAAACCAAACUGUUACUUCGGUCAAUUUAAUUACCCUAAAUAAUCAAAAUACAACAAGUUUAACAGUCCAAUCACAGCUUGUAAAUGAAACUUCAUUUAAUAUUGAAGCUAAUAUAACAACAACUAGAUUUAAUAACUUAACAAACCACACGGUAACCGUCUCAACAGUGCUUUACUACCCAAUCAUCAUAAACAUGUUUGAAAUUGAGUAUAAAUUUCAAUUGAAAGUAAAUUGCUAUAAUAAAAAGUGGAAAAAUAACUCUGUUGAGCUCUUCAGUGAACAAGUUGGUGAUAUGGAUGUGGUGUCUUUAGAAUCUUUUAAAAAACCAAGCUUUAUGGAAUUAAAUUUAGUAAAGCUUUCUGUUAAAUCUUAUCGAUUAGAUGUAAACUGGAAAGAUGAAAAUUUUGAUGAUGUUGAAAUUACUUUAAACAUUCAAGUGAAUAGUACAAUCACUGAAGGUAAACACAAAACAAGCAUUGUGGAAAGCACUAUUGAAAGCUAUAAAAUGUGCAAGGAUUCAAUUUCACCGGUUGUUCCUCCAGAAAAAAAAAGAGGAUUAACCAAGAGUACGAUAGUUGUAAUUGGAGUAAUACCUUUAGUUUUAAUUAUUGUAGUUAUUGCCAUUGUAAGUAUAGUGAAGAAUCGCAAAAUUAAAGAAUCUAAAAAGCAAAAAUGUAAACCUAACUGUCCAAAACCCCGGGCGUACGAAAACAUACUUUUUAAAGAAUUCAAUAAUUGACUAAAUUUUACCAGUUAGUUAACUUUAGAUUUUAUACUUUUUAUUAGUAUUUUAUUUUUUGGGAUUUCAUUUUAUUUUUCUUUGUUUUUGUAUUUUUUGUAUUUUUUUAAUACCUUUUGUAAACCGUUUAUAUUCGUCUAUCAGUGUAUCAGUCAAAUAUAAAUAUAUGUAGCGUUACAUUUUAUUUAA